GAUUAAUUUAAUCAAGUGAGUUUUAAAGUUGUUUCAUAAAAUAUAUUAUUUCGAUCUUUAAGUUGCGCGAGUUGAUAACAUACACCCGAACGGGAAUCUUUUCAAUUCAAAGUGAAAAAAAAGUUUUGAGUAAGCUCUGCAAAAAGGGAAUGCCAUGCGUAGCAUAUCCACAGCAUCUUAUCGAAUUUAGUGAUUAGUAUACAACUCUCAGCGAUACUUCCUCUUCAUCCAAGGAUACAUGGCGGCCAUUCGAAAGAAACUUGUGAUUGUAGGCGAUGGAGCGUGCGGUAAAACGUGCCUACUUAUAGUCUUUAGUAAGGACCAAUUUCCUGAAGUUUAUGUACCGACUGUAUUUGAAAAUUAUGUAGCCGAUAUUGAAGUAGAUGGAAAACAGGUUGAACUGGCUCUAUGGGAUACUGCAGGACAAGAAGAUUAUGACAGGUUACGUCCAUUGUCUUAUCCGGACACGGACGUUAUUCUUAUGUGUUUCUCUAUUGACAGUCCUGAUUCCCUAGAGAACAUUCCUGAGAAAUGGACACCCGAGGUGAAGCAUUUCUGUCCCAAUGUGCCCAUUAUUCUUGUAGGAAACAAAAAGGAUCUUCGAAAUGAUCCCAGUACAAUUAAGGAGCUUGGCAAAAUGAAACAGGAACCAGUUAAACCCGAGGAAGGCCGCGCAAUGGCAGAGAAAAUUAAUGCCUUCGCUUACCUCGAAUGUUCCGCUAAAAGCAAGGAAGGCGUGAGGGAGGUUUUCGAAACGGCGACUAGAGCCGCACUACAAGUAAAGAAGAAGAAGAAGGGAAGGUGUAGGCUGCUUUAAGGUGUAUUGCAAGGAAAAAAAAAAACAAUGGGCCCGACGCAAAACGGGUGAAAAAUAAAAAAAAAAAACUAAGGAAUUGUAAAACUAGCUGCAUUCGAAGCUAGUCGUAAUGCCGGAGGCCCCAGCAUCAGCUAUUACAUAAUAAAUAUCUUAUCUUUAAUUAUUUUACAUAAUGCAAAAGAAAAAAAAAAGAAAAGCAACAGCCGAAGCAACAAUUUUUGGAAGAAAAACGAUCGGAACUCUUGAGGAAUGCGCAAAUGAAAAACUACAAAAAAAAAAAAAGAAAUCCAACACACGACGUAUGUAAUAUAUCUAUCACUUAAUCGUAUUUUUAAACGUGAACAAUAACGGGAGUUUCAAGCGAUUUAAAAAAAAAAAUUAAAUCGCCUUAAAUCGUUUUUUUUUACGCUACAGUAACUUUAAUAUACUUAUAUAUAUAUAGUGUCUCGCCACUAUCGCUAUUGCGCCUUACUUUGAAAUCUCUUUAAUUUUAAAUAUAUAUAUAUAUAAAAAAAAGCUGAAGUAGUUGCUGUUGAUUUUUUUACAAAAAAAAAAGAAAAAAAAAUAAUGAAAAUAUGGGAAGGAAAUACGGAAAUUCUAGAUUUUUUCAAUGACGUGAGAAUCUGAAUAUGAAAAAAAAAAUUCAUUUUUAAAUCAAAAAUACAAAAUUAAAGAUAGAGAGAUUGAGAAAGAAAAAAAAAUAACAGGGGAAAAAGCAAAAUGAAAAUUUGUCUUAGUAUAAAAAAAUCUGUGUCAGAUAAAUUUUCUUUUGUUCUUUUUAGAUACCUACUAAGCUAAGUGUAUUAUUAUUAUAUUAUUACUAUUAUUGUAAUACGAAGACACUAACAUAAAAGCGGCUAAAUUAUAUUUAAUUCAAAUGAUGAAAAAAAAAAAAAAUCCCUGUGUUCAAAAUGAGCGUACAAGGCAGCUUUAAGAAAAAUCUUUUUAAAUCGACUGGAUUGUUAUUCAUUCACAGAAACUAAGUGCAAGCAAUUAAUUAAGAUUAAUAUUGGGACUGUGAAACACCUUUUGUUCGCGCAAAGUUAUUCGCAGUAAAUGUUUUUUUUUUUUUUUUUUUUUUUUUUUGUUUUUUUUUUCCUGCAAAAAUUGUCAAUAAUUAUUAUCUUUAGAGUGAUUUUCUUUUCUACUGCAUAAUGCGCUCGACUCUACUUUUUUUCUACGGAGACUAUACAAUAUAUAUUUGCAAGCUAACAUUUGUAAAACCUUAUUAGCCUUUAAAAAUUCAUUGAAUAGAAUCAUCAUUCGAAUGAAUCUUUUAUACUCGUGCGUAUAUCGAUAAUCCAGAGAGAAAAUUCACGCUCGAAUAUCAGUUGUAUUGAUUUACUUUUUUUUUUUUAUUAUCACACACAAACACUUAUAAUAUUAAUAUCCACUGAUUUUUCCGAGCGUGAAAAAAAACAUCACGAUCCAAAGGUGUAGACUGUUUUACGUAAACUUUCAUAUUUUUUUUUUUUUUUUUUUUUUUCUUUUUUUCUCAAAGAAAA